GAGGAAAGCUCCAAAAAGACGCGAGGAGGAGCUGGAGCCGGGGCUAUGCUCAUGUGACCGGUGGUGGCUGAGGGCUGGGUCUGCCCAGAAAUAGCCGCAGCUGCUCUCCUCGUUCUGUGGAGCGCGGGAGGCUGGCGCCUCCAAAGGAUGCGAAGCCGCUACGCCCCAAGCAGAUGAUGGCGAUACGAGAGCUGAAAGUGUGUCUGCUUGGAGAUACUGGAGUUGGCAAAUCUAGUAUAGUUUGUCGAUUUGUUCAGGAUCAUUUUGACCACAAUAUUAGCCCCACUAUCGGUGCUUCUUUCAUGACUAAAACUGUGCCUUCUGGGAAUGAACUUCAUAAAUUUCUCAUCUGGGAUACAGCAGGGCAGGAGCGGUUUCAUUCAUUGGCACCAAUGUAUUACCGUGGGUCAGCAGCAGCAGUUAUAGUAUAUGAUAUCACCAAGCAGGAUUCAUUUCAUACACUGAAAAAAUGGGUAAAAGAACUAAAAGAACAUGGUCCUGAAAACAUUGUAAUGGCCAUCGCUGGAAACAAAUGUGAUCUUUCUGAUAUUAGGGAGGUGCCUAUGAAAGAUGCCAAAGAAUAUGGAGAGACAAUAGGUGCAAUUGUUGUUGAAACCAGUGCCAAAAAUGCAAUUAACGUUGAAGAACUCUUUCAAGGAAUCAGUCAACAGAUUCCACCCUUGGAAAGUCAUGAAAAUGGCAACAGUGGAACAAUCAAACUUGGAAAGCAGACUGCACAAACGACUAAGCGGUGCUGUUAAACCAACUCGACCUAGUUUGAAUUACUUGAAAAUUAAAUGACAUAAUUUGCUUAUUUAUUGAGCUCCAGACUUUAGAAACUCAAUGACAGAGCAUCUUGUCUAAAAGCAAUGAGUAUCAUUGCUGUCUAUGGGAACAGUAGCAGAAAGUUCUUCAAAUUCAUUCUUCAAAAUUAAAAUGGACGGUUCACUUUAGUACAGUAAUGGCCUGUUUAAGAUAUUGAUUCAGAUUAUUGGAAUAAUCUGUUUAACCUAAUGGCUAUUUUACAUGCGCCUUUUGCUUUAAAAUAGUUGGUCAAGCAAAUGUUAGGAUUUUGUACAAAAUUCUCUCAUUUUCAGUACAAUAUUCUAAUUUCACUUGUAUAGAAUUACAGUGCAUAUAUUUGAACCAAGUGAAGUAUGUGUAUUCAUUCUUUUUCUUAUGAGAUUUGGCUUCUGUAGCUCUGUUUUUAGAACAGCAACUUAAAAGGUUGCAAAUUAGGAAGUUAUCUUUGAACAUGAAAUAGAAUAAAAAACUUGAAAAAAUAAUAAAACUGGUAAUGUUUAGCUUUAAGCAGAGCUUGGAAAAGUUACUUUUUUAAACUACAACUCCCAUCAGCCCCAGCCAGCAUGGCCACUGGAUUGGGCUGAUGGGAGUUGUAGUUCAAAAAAGUAACUUUUCCAAGCUCUGGUUUAAGCUGCAGUUUCUUCUAUAUUUGAAAGGCAAAAUCAGUAGAUUGCAAAUUCAACACUUUUAAGUAUACUGGAAAGACAUAGGAGACGAUAGAGGCCUUAAUGCUGUAAACUCAAAAUGUUUGCAUUUAACAUCCAAUUAUCAUCAUUAAAAAAUUAUAACAGAUACUGCACCAGAAGCCAAAAAGAACAGGAUUAAAUACCGUCCAUUGUAGAUACUUGAAUGCAUUUAAAGCCCACCUGGCAGAGAUGAGAUGCUGUCAGUAAAUGUGUGUUUCCUGCUAUUUGGUUUAAUACAAUGAGCUGUCUAAUUCCUUGUUCCGUCCACCUCUGUUUCAAUUAUUGAUUGAAGGAAGAUUAGAGAACAAUAAAUCCAGCUCUGCUCACAUGUGGCCUUUUCAUGAUAGAAUUAUAAAGGAGCCUUAGAGAUACUGAACUGGCAUUUGAUGCCAAUGGUAUGUUUAAAAGUGAGCAGAUGGAAGUCAUUCUUACAGCAUCAAUAACAACCACAGGAUUCCAGUCCAUAAAAAUGUGUGGUAAGAACAGCAGGAUAUACAUAUUGUGUGUGUGCGUAUAUGUUGCCAAAUUCACUUCAAAGUCUUGCCACUGUCUUUGCAUGAAGUUACUGGAAGCAGUGGAGUAAACAGCACUGACAUAAAUGUUAAUCUGUGAGAUGAAAGCAAUCGAAAUAGUAAAAUCUAUGCAUGACUUUGAUGUUCAGAAUCAUGGACAAUAUAACUUGGAACCAAGGUAUUGGCUAGAUCACAACCUAAGCCUCAGAAACUGAAUGCAAAGCCAGUGUUGUGGUGUUUGGGGGGAAAAGUCCGCAGUUGAUUGUCCUGAAGAUUGAUAGCUUCCAUAACAUGUGCUCUUCAUGGUAGAUUUGAGAAAGGUUAGUUGCAUUAUUCUAGCAUUUACUUUGAAGCUGUUGAAGGCUGAAAACCUACUGUCUAUGUAGUGAAUUGAUGUAGAUUGUAUCAUAGCAGUUUAAACAUGCAAUAAGGUUGCAAAUAUAGAAUUGAGAAUUUUAAUUUCCAUGCCUUCAGACACUGUAGAUAAAAGUAACGCACAAUGAUUGUUCAUAUUUUAUGCAUUGUAGUCACAAAGAAAUAAAAUGCUUCUGUGUGGGCAUGGGAGGGGGCAGCCAAUUUUGCCAUCCAUGGAAAGCCCAUAGUACUACAAGAUAUGCUAGUCCACAGCACUCCUUGGUUUUCAGUGAUGUUUUGGGGUUGCUACAGAAAGGGGGAGGAAUAAAAAUCUCCAGUUUAUACAUAGAAGUAAUGUUUUAUUUAUCUGGACACAAACUUAGGUAUUUAUUCAUCUUUGGUUAUAUACCAUAUGACCUUUGGCUAAAGACAGCCCCUUUUGGAAGCUAAAAUUGUCAGAUUACAAAACCAUGAACGUUUGUCUAUGUGCCUCUUCCUACAAUAAAACCAGAAUUACCUUUUUGUAUGCAAA